UCCAACGCUCAGCUGGGAUGGAUGCUCUCUGACACGAUGCAAUCUGAUAUAGAAAAAGCUUCCUUUGAUUUUUCCACACCAGAAACGAUGUGUGCCAUUUUCCGCUCUCCAAACUUCACAUCAGAGGCGAAAAAGAGUGAAAUGAAACCCAGCCUGGCUAAGAAGUUGCUGCAAAAAAUCAAAGAGUGUUACAGAGGAGAAUUGGAGCUUGAAGAUGAUGUCACCCAGCUAGGCCCAUUGACGUGUUACUAUGACAACGCACCCGACUUGACCCCUGAACUCAGCAGGCAACUCCUGGCUCAGUUUUCUGAGUGCAAAAACCCAAAGGCUACAAUGCUCAAGAUGCUCCUUUUGAGGAAGGCCUUGUCCAACUCCAACUGGACCACUUACGAGGUUCUGCACUUGCUUGGCAGCAGUGUUAGCUUGCUGUCUCCCACACAACUGGACAGCAUUGCGAGCGCUGACCUCAAACAGGUGAUCAAAGACCUGCCGCCUGGCGUCCAGUGGAGGAUGACGCAGCAACGAACUCUCGUCAAGAAACUGCUGGGCGAUGACGAGUGUCAGGAGGUUUCCAGUCAGCAGCUGCUCCAACUUGGUCAAGUCAUAAAAGGAGUGCCGAGCUGUGUACUGCGGCGUGUGAAGGCGUUGGAGAUGCUGAAAGACGUGGAGACUCUGAGGAGCGUCUCAGAGAGGAUGAGGAGGGCUCAGAGGAAGGCUAUGUUGCAGGGGCUGCUGAAGAAGAUGAGCGCUUUGGAGCUGGUGGGCCGACUGCCUGGUUCUUUGCUGCGCAGUUUGUCUGUGAAAACUCUGCAGGAAGCAGACAUCACUUCCUCUCUACAAUUAAAGGCGGAGAGUCUAAACCGCCCACAGGCCGCUUUUCUGGCUGCAAAGCUUUUCAAGAGGCGUAAGUCGCACUUUUGGAGGACGUCCAUCAUUCAGGGUGUUACCUGUAAGAUGUUUGACAAAAUGGCUGACACAGACCUGCAAGACAUGGCUCAGGCCAUAGACGAGACACCAUGGUGGCUCUCCAAGGCACAGAUUGGAUGUGCAGCCUGGAAAUACUUUGCAGCUUUGAGGAAAGUACGAGCAGAUUACUUCAAAAACAUCACAGAGGAGCAGCUUAGUAAAAUUCCAACAAGUCUGAUGAUCCACCUGCCGGCUUGGGAAUUGAACCAUCUACCUGAUUCUGUUUGUGAAGUGUUCCUCAACAAGACGCAAUCAGCCAAAUUCUCCUCCCUGCCUCGUCCAUCAACAUCUCGACUUGCGCUUCUGCACAAAGCUCUGCACUGCCUCACCAAGGAUAAGAACAUGUCAUCACUGCUGACCGUAGAAGAUGUUUCCAGACUUGGAGAACUCGUGUGUGAGCUUCCAGCGUCCACGUUGAGCCUAAUGGACGCCAACACCCUCAACGUCAGCAUGCAGGUCAUAGCUUCCUGUCAGUAUGUUCCUCACAGAGAAGCCCUGAUGCAGCUCAUCAAAGAAAACUUUGGGAACCCAUCUGAAUGGUCACAGGAAACUAUGGAGUCACUUGGUCCACUUUGGGAUUGGGAUGAAAAUGCUCUGUUUGCGCUGCCCUUUAAGCCUUGGAUGAUCGAGGUCUUUUAUUUCCUGAGAUCGCAACACAGGACACAAGCUCUGAAGAGGACCUUCUUCAAGCUCAUCACAUCUAAAAGGGAGGACAAAGUCAUGACAGACAGUUUGAACAGUAACGAACCAACAGUAGAUUUAAUAGAAGAACUGGGAAUGGACAACGUGUUCUGGUCAGCUGAUCAACUGGAUGCGAUGUCAUCAGACAUGUUCCUUGUUACCAUGGAAACGCUUGGUUCCAUCCCCGACUACGACUUAGAGCAGCUGACCGUGCUCAGUAAAAAGGCAACUGAGGCUCUGGGUGAAGCGUCUCACAUGAACGAGAGCGUUGUAGCACAGAUAGGAUGUAUCGCUCAGGGAUUCUCCAACGCGGACUUGGAGAAGAUGGCGUUUUCCUUGGACAUGCUGGAGGAAACCGGACGCUGUGACUGGAAAAUGUGGCAGCUGAAUUCAGUGUGGAAAAGUGUCUCGAAGCGCAACAACCUGUCAGCUGAGCAGUUGGACGCGUCAGACAUGGCCGCUCUUAAUGUCUUCAUGUGUGGUCUGAGUUCUGAUGAGAUCUCCCAACUGGACGUAGCUGCUUUCAGGGACGCCGUGGGCUCCAUCAACGACAUCCGCUGCUCGCCCAGCGUUGCCCAGCAGUUCCAGAGGGUUCUGCUGUCUGCCUUUGGACGUCCAGACAGCUGGACGGAGGCGUCGGUCUCUGAAGUGGGCACCAUGAUUGCUGGCUUGCAUGCACACCAGUUGGCGUCUUUGGAUCCAUCCGUCAUGAUGUUUUUUAGUCAGAGCAGCGUUCCACUCCUUCAUCCAAAUAACAUAGCUGCCCUCUCUGUAGCCCAACUAGAGGCCCUUGGUCCUGACAACGCUGCCAUGGUAACCAAAGGACAGCUAGCUGCUCUUACAGAUGUGCAAAUGGACGCCCUGGCGAGGGCCGAGUCCGGGGAAAUGCAAAGUGCUGCAAUUCAGAUGCCAUCAGGAGCUCCUUCAGUGAACACAGAAGGGAUCUCAGCCCUCAUCAAGCCACUUCUGGUUCUCCUGGUGGGAUUCCUGCUACUGUGAUCACUGGGAGAACAACUCGCAGCCUUGGUUACAUUUGUUGAAGAUGAAAACUAUAUUCAUAGAAAAGCAUAUUAUAGAAUGGGAUGGGCGAAUGAAUAAACAUCAAUUAACAUUACAAUCAAUUAAGUGACAUCCAUUUAUAAUUGGAUGGUAAGACCUCUUAGAAGUUUCUGAACUCUUGUUUCCAUGCCAGAAAAUGCUGCCGGAGAAGCUGUGCAGACUGAACAGUGCCUCUACCGGUUGCAGCAGUGUAGUGCACUCUAUUUCCCCUGUAAUAAUCACUUAACUGAAUGCUUUGCCCAUCCCUAUUAGAAUGUUAGUUGCCCAAUGUAACCAAUAAAUUGCAUGACAAUGU